CAUCUCUUGGGUUCGGAGACUUUGGUUGUGGUUGUGACAGCGCAGUGGGCGGGAUUUUACCUCAGAUCAGGGGAGAGAGUCUAGUCUUUGGUGAGACUGAGGGGGAGUUAAAGAGAGAAAGGGAUCUGGGGUGCUCUUCAGAGAACGGAGUUUUCAUGGAUGGUGAUCUCCGCCUCUGUGGGUGAUCCUCAGUCACCAUGAAAGACUAGGAACUCAGCUCUCCAAGGGAAAUGGCUUGUUUUGUAAUAUCCCUGCCCUGCUACCUGCCGUAUGACUCCACCUGCCUCUGAAGGGCUUGUCAGCUGUUUAUGGGAACUACCACUGUGCUUGCACUCUUGAGGAUUUAAGCUUUUCCAGGACAACACUUUUUUUUUUUUUUUUACCCCCACUGUUGAGCAGAAGCAGCAACGCUUUGCAAUAGAGUGGGGAGACGGCAAGACAAUGGCGAACAACUCGUACAGUGGGGUGAAGAACUCCAUGAUGGAGGCCAACCACGAUGGAGAGUUUGGCUGCACGCUCAAAGAGCUGCGCUCCCUUAUGGAACUGAGAGGCGCAGAGGCGCUAAACAAAAUUGGGGAAACUUAUGGGGAUGUUCAAGGACUCUGCAACCGGUUAAAAACAUCACCAGUAGAUGGUCUAAGUGGGCAGCCAGUAGACAUCGAGAAGCGGAAAACAGUGUUUGGGCAAAAUUUAAUACCGCCCAAAAAGCCCAAAACUUUCUUACAGUUAGUGUGGGAGGCGCUACAGGAUGUCACACUGAUUAUCCUAGAAGUGGCAGCCAUAGUUUCACUAGGCCUUUCUUUUUAUAGACCUCCAGAUGCCGAAAGAGAACACUGUGGAAAGGCUGCUGGCGGUGUGGAGGAUGAAACUGAGUCAGAGGCGGGCUGGAUCGAGGGAGCCGCCAUUCUUCUGUCCGUUAUCUGUGUGGUGCUGGUGACGGCGUUCAACGACUGGAGUAAAGAGAAGCAGUUUAGGGGCCUCCAGAGCCGCAUUGAGCAGGAGCAGAAAUUUACUGUCGUCCGUGGAGGACAAGUUAUCCAAAUUCCUGUGGCUGAGAUUGUGGUUGGUGACAUUGCACAAGUAAAAUAUGGUGACCUUUUGCCUGCUGACGGAGUCCUCAUCCAAGGCAACGAUCUGAAGAUUGAUGAGAGCUCGCUCACAGGGGAGUCGGACCAUGUCAAGAAAACACAAGAAAAAGAUCCAAUGCUGUUAUCAGGCACCCAUGUAAUGGAAGGCUCAGGGAAAAUGGUAGUCACUGCUGUGGGUGAAAACUCUCAAACUGGAAUUAUCUUCGCUUUACUUGGGAGCGCAGAGGAUGACGACGAAGACGAGGACGAAAAGAAAAAGGAAAAGGAGGAGAAGAAGAAACAGAGAAAAAACAAGAAGCAGGAUGGAUCUGUGGAAAAUCGUAAGAAAGCUAAAGCACAGGAUGGUGCUGCAAUGGAAAUGCAGCCUCUGAACAGUGACGAGGGAGCUGAUGCAGAGGAGAAGAAGAAAGCCAACCUGCCAAAGAAAGAGAAGUCUGUUCUCCAGGGCAAACUGACCAAACUAGCUGUACAGAUUGGCAAAGCAGGACUGGUCAUGUCAGCCAUCACUGUCAUUAUCCUGGUGGUGCUGUUUGUAGUAGACACUUUCUGGAUCCAGGAACUGCCUUGGGUCAAGGACUGCACGCCUAUUUACAUUCAGUUCUUUGUGAAAUUCUUCAUCAUUGGUGUGACCGUUCUGGUGGUGGCUGUUCCCGAAGGCCUGCCACUUGCUGUAACAAUCUCCCUGGCAUACUCUGUUAAGAAAAUGAUGAAAGACAACAACUUGGUGCGUCAUUUGGACGCCUGUGAGACUAUGGGCAACGCUACCGCCAUCUGCUCUGACAAGACUGGCACACUCACCAUGAACCGCAUGACCGUGGUGCAAGCCUACGUUGCUGAAAAGCACUACAAGAAAGUCCCUGAACCUGAGAACAUCCCCGCCUCCAUUUUAGACAUCCUGAUUCUGGGCAUUGCAGUCAACUGCGCCUACACUACUAAAAUUAUGUCUCCCGAGAAAGAAGGGGGCCUGCCACGGCAGGUGGGGAACAAGACCGAAUGUGCCUUGCUUGGCUUUUCUAAUGAUCUGAAGCGCGACUACCAGGCUAUUCGCACUGAGAUCCCAGAAGAGAAACUUUACAAAGUCUACACCUUCAACUCAGUCCGCAAGUCUAUGAGCACUGUGUUGAAGAUGGCCGAUGGCAGCUACCGCAUGUUCAGCAAAGGGGCCUCAGAAAUUCUACUAAAAAAGUGCUAUAAAAUUCUGACGGCAAAUGGUGAGUCCAAGGUGUUUCGCCCACGGGACAGAGAUGACAUGGUUAAGAAAGUGAUCGAGCCCAUGGCCUCAGAGGGUCUGAGGACCAUCUGCCUUGCAUACAGAGAUUUCCCUACUUCUGAGGGCGAGCCUGACUGGGAUAAUGAAAAUGAUAUCCUCAGCGGACUCACCUGCCUCUGCGUGGUGGGCAUUGAAGACCCCGUGAGACCCGAGGUCCCAGACGCCAUCAGGAAAUGUCAACGUGCCGGCAUCACGGUGCGGAUGGUGACCGGGGACAACAUCAACACAGCUCGAGCCAUUGCCUCAAAGUGUGGCAUCUUACAGCCUGGAGAUGACUUCAUCUGUCUGGAGGGCAAAGAGUUCAACAGAAGGAUACGCAAUGAAAAAGGAGAGAUUGAACAAGAACGCAUUGACAAGAUUUGGCCCAAACUACGAGUACUGGCUCGCUCUUCCCCCACAGACAAACACACCUUAGUGAAAGGUAUUAUUGACAGCACAGUGUUAGAACAGAGACAAGUAGUAGCAGUGACAGGCGAUGGAACCAAUGAUGGCCCCGCUUUGAAGAAAGCUGAUGUUGGCUUUGCCAUGGGUAUUGCUGGCACAGACGUAGCCAAGGAGGCGUCCGACAUCAUCCUGACCGACGACAAUUUUUCCAGCAUCGUCAAAGCCGUCAUGUGGGGACGCAACGUCUACGACAGCAUCUCGAAGUUCCUCCAGUUCCAGCUCACUGUCAACGUGGUGGCUGUCAUUGUAGCAUUCACCGGAGCCUGCAUCACACAGGACUCUCCACUAAAAGCAGUACAGAUGUUGUGGGUCAACCUCAUCAUGGACACCUUUGCUUCACUAGCCCUGGCCACAGAGCCCCCCACAGAAUCCCUGCUGCUAAGGAAGCCAUAUGGCCGCAACAAGCCUCUCAUCUCCCGCACUAUGAUGAAGAACAUCCUGGGCCAGGGAGUGUACCAGCUAGUCAUCAUCUUUACUUUGCUCUUUGCCGGAGAGAAAAUGUUUGACAUCGACAGCGGCAGGAAUGCACCCCUCCACGCUCCAGCUUCUGAACACUACACCAUCGUCUUCAACACUUUUGUACUGAUGCAGCUUUUCAACGAGAUCAAUGCCCGAAAGAUCCACGGCGAAAGGAAUGUCUUUGAAGGCAUCUUCAACAACCUUAUCUUCUGUAGUAUUGUCUUUGGUACCUUCAUUAUCCAGUUCGUGAUCGUGCAGUUUGGAGGGAAGCCAUUCAGCUGCGUGGCUCUGACCAUCGACCAGUGGCUAUGGUGCACUUUCUUAGGCUUCGGCUCUCUACUAUGGGGACAGGUAAUCUCCUCGAUACCCACCAGCCGCUUAAAAUUCUUGAAAACAGCGGGACACGGCACCCAGAAAGAGGAGAUCCCAGACGAGGAGCUGGAGGAGCUGGAUGACAUGGAUGAGAUUGACCACGCUGAACGGGAGCUUCGCCGAGGACAGAUCCUCUGGUUCCGAGGCCUCAAUCGCAUCCAGACUCAGAUGGAUGUAGUGAGUGCGUUCCAGAGUGGAACUUCCUUUCAGGGGGCUCUAAGGCGGCAGGCCUCCAACUCCAGCCAACAACAGCACGAUAUCCGGGUGGUGAAUGCAUUCCGCAGCUCCAUCUCCCUCUAUGAGGGGCUGGAGAAGCCCGAGUCGCGAUCAUCGAUCCACAACUUCAUGACCCACCCUGAAUUCCGGAUAGAGGACUCUGAACCCCAUAUUCCCCUCAUAGACGACACAGACGCGGAGGAUGACGCUCCCACCAAGCGCAACUCCGCAAGCCCCCGCAACUCCACACCCACGCCGCCCUCCCCCACACCUGGCGCCACCGAACCCCCCACUGAUCCCGACGCCCCUGACGUGACCCCCGCCGUGACCCCCGCACCGGUCUCUCCGUCCCCAAACCAGAACAAUAACGCUGUGGAGAGCAGUAACCACCUCCUCCCAGAGGCCCCUAAAUCAGGAACCCCCUCGGCCCCGGGAAGCCCCCUACACAGCCUGGAGACCUCCCUUUGAUCUGACCCCCGCUCCACACGUCACCACCACUUUUCUGCCCGCCACCAAGGAGCUCAACUCGGGACGAAAAAAAAAAAAACGAACGAACACUUGGAGAGGAGAGACGGAGGGCUAGAAGGAGAGCGGAGUCUUGUGUGAGCUCGGCUCGGGCUGGACUUAAAGAACAGCAAACAUUCAGAGGAAUGUACGGCUUGGUGUGGAUGCUUUGGUCUUCUUUUAUUUUUGGUUCUUAUUAAUACCCCUCUGCAACACGAGGACUGUGUCUCCACCCCUCCCUCCUUGGUAACUUGUUUUUCUCGGUAAACAAGGGGUAAUUAUAAACUCAGAUUGAAAGUGACCUGUUUUUAUUAUUCUAUUGUUAUUAUUAUUAUUAUUAAUAUAAUUAUUUUAAUUGAGAAGGGGAGGUCCUCCUCCUUGGCUUGAAGAUCGUCUGUAAGAAUUAUGAAAGAACCUUUAGCUUCUCUUUUAUCUGAAUGGUGUUGUAUAUUUAUCUCUUUGGCCCUUGCUCAUUCAAAACUUAUUUCUGCUCCAUUGGCUGUUAAUAUUUUGAGUUAUUUAUGUUUUUGGAAAAAGCAGGUCUGUUUACAAAGUUUGUAGAUACUUUUUUUCUGUUUGUAGGCAAAAGAGCUUCCUGAUGUAUGAUGCAGAAAACUGGGACAGAAUAAGAAAUGAAUGAGAGGAUUAUUUCAGAUACUGCUGUAUUUUCAGGAAAAAAAAGGGUGUUUCUAUUGAAACUUAACUAUUUUUGCCUGCAAGUUUUAUUUGUUAUAUAUUUGUAGAUAAAUGUAGAACCUUCUAGCCAAACCGAUAAACACUAAGGCUUGUAUAGAAAAGAGGUCCACGGGGCGAGGUGUUUUCACAGGAGGCGGGAGGGGAAAGACAAUUUAGGGCCUCUGUCCACUAACAUUGCUAUAAAUAUUUACUUCUUCCAUUUCUUCGAUAGUUUUCAUGUGCACAAAACCUUCUGGAUUCUCUUUUCAUUCGUUAUGUUGUGUUCAAGGAUUUCCACAUGUUGAAAGGUUCACUCAUUAAAACAGAGUUAAGUAUAUAUCUGGGCCCGUAUUUAGCAAGCAUCUCAGGAUGACGCCUAGAAUCGUGUUGAAAGUUGGACUAGGAAACAAAGUCUUACCUCAGAGUCGGACGUGGGGUCCUUAAGAAGCCUCCUGCGGUCACUUUCAGCAGGAAGUAGUUCUUCUUUUAGAUUUUUUUUUUUGUGGUUUUUGCAACACUUUGGACCGUGAAAUGAAAACUUGUAGUGAUUUAUUAGUUACAUUCAAGAGAGACUGAUCCAGAUUAUUUAACGCGGGAUAAAGAAAAUCCCUUCACUCGUGGCUUACGACAAAUUCAUUUAUGCACAUUAAGGCUAAAAAUGUGUUUUUUGCCAAAACACAUAAAAGCACUAAAAUGACUUACAGCCUUUUUUUUUUCUUUCUUUUUACGACCACUAUUCACGAUUCAGCCAGAGCGCCUAUUUAUUUUUCACUAAUUAGAUCAUGUAGACAAAACAUGAAUGUGCCUUGGCUACAAUAAUGAUUUAGACGAUGCUUUGUCCCAUCACUCGCCUCCGGCAGGUCACUGUUACUCCUAUAGCUAAACGUAGGACCAAUUUCUGAUGAUCCUGGAUCAGUUAUGACUGAGUUUCUCUCCCUGGAUGCUUGAUAAAUAUGGAUCCUGGUCAUCAUUUUGUUUUAAAAAAAUAAAAUUUAAAUAAAAAAACUUAAAAAAAAGUUGGUGCAUUUUAAUUUCUACUUUUUCGUUUUUUUUCUCAGCAAAAACAUUAGCCCCCUGCCAAUGUACAAUAUUACCAUUUGUUUACUCAGGCAUAGAAAAAAGUAUUUAAUUUAAAAGGAAUCUAUAAAGAAAAGAACCUUUUAACUUCAGACUUCGUGUAUUUAGGUAGUUAAACCAUCGUCUUGGUCAAAAAAAAUUAAAAAACAAGUGAAUUAUGUUCAGAUUUCAUUCAGUCUUUAAGAUCCGGCUUUAGGAAAAACUUAAUUUUACUCCUCUGAGUUCUUGUUUGUUGUCAUUUUUCAAAAAAUAAUUAAAAACAUAGGGGGGAGGGGGGUGAAAGGCUUUUUUUUUUUUUCUUCUUCUUCAACCCUGUCCAUAAGACCAUGAGUAAAUGUUGCUGCAUUUGAUUUGUUUGUAAAAUAUUUUUGACACCUGUUGUACUGGAAACGCUAAAGAAUUGGACAUGUGCAUUUUUCAAGAAUAAAGACUAGGCAUACACUGGUAUCUAUCUGCACAGGGUACUUUAUUUCAUAGCGUUCCUUGGGUAAAAAUAAUUUUGAUACAAAGCAUAAUUUAAAAAAAUGUACCUUUGUAUUUUUAUGACAAUACUGAUGAUACCUUUCAUCGUACUAAACCAAUUUUGGAUGAUUUGACACCAAUCGCAUUAUAUGGGGAGGGUUUUGGCCACUUAAAAUGUGUGUUGUUCUGGAAUAUUCAUCUCAGGGUGCAAAUGGUGUGAAAGAGAACAGGCCUCUUUUUAGUUUGUGUAAUACCACACUUAAUUCAAUGUUUGGGACGGUGCUUGUCAACCACACGGGAUGAAUCGGGCAGCAGGCUGCAGAUUCUUCCUGCAGCCUUCUGGCCGUCUUCACCUGAAGGGCCGUGGACAGGAGAAGGAAGUGGAGAUGUUAAAUCACAACAGUCUCUGAGGAAAUAGUUUGUUUUCCAUGUUUUACAGAUGACAAAAUAGCAGCUAGGGUCGCAUACGAAGUGAGGAAUUGAAAAGACAAGCGGAAUCCAUAUGAGGAGUUUGUUCUGUAGCUUCUUCCUGUAAUGGGAAUGAAUGUUUUUCCAUCUGUUUUAUGGAUUAUUAUUUUUUUAUCUUUUAACAUUUGGAAAUAAAAGUACUUCAUGUCUGUUUAUCUUGAGCAUUUUAAAUGGAUAUCGUGAUUGGAUUUACAUUUGAAACUUGUCGAGUAAUGUGUAUGGUUUUUAAAAAUAAAAAAUGUAUUUAGCCUAA